AUGUUCAAUUCCCUUGAGUCUUUGGCUGAGGCUGCAUCGAAAUUGAUCCUAGCUGGACAAGUGGAGGAGGCACUGCAGAUACUCGAACAGGCCUUCACCUCUGUGGAGGCUGAGGAAGACGUGGAGAUAGCCUUGGCUGGUGUUGGAGUGCAGAUUCUCCUAUGUGCCGGCUUGUCGCAGGCAAAAAGACACGAGGAAGCCCUGGAAAUUGCCCAACAUGCAGUGCAGAGUGCAGACGCUGUCCUAGAGCAGCUGGAGGAGCCUGGUGAAGAGAUAGCCGAUGCUGCUGAAGUGAAAGGUUCCGAGGAUUUGGAGGCUCCAGCCGAAGAGCCAGCGACACCGUUGGCGCCGGCACCUCCACACGUUCCCAUGGCCCUGCUGCAGCGAGCUCUGGAGUCAGCAGCCAGGGGUCCAAGUGAGUCCAAGCUGUUCACAGUCGGUUCAAUCGAGGCAAUGCCAAGCUCUGGAAAUGGAAUUCCUGGGGCCAAGGCCGGCUGUGUGAGACCAUACUUGAACAGCCUUGUGCCACAGAGCCAGAUGAUCAACGAUGUGUCCUAUGUGUCCUGUCAGUCACAAGAGGCCCAAGGUUUGCCGCGCAGCAGCAAGGUGAGGCAAAGAGCCGAGCAGGGCAAGCGCGAAUGGCAGUUGCGCGCGGCCGACGCGACCCUGCCGAAGCUCUCGCCUGGAUGCUCAGGAGCGUUGCAGGCGUGGCGCUGCAUGCUGGGCGCUCCCAGGAAGGCCUAUGCGCGCUCCAACGAAGGUCUGCACCUUCCGAGGCAUGAGAGACUGUACCAAGGAAUUCCGCCCGUGGUGGAUCUCGACUUCGAACGCUGGCGGAGGCACCCCAGCUUCCAGAUGGAACCUAGUACUCCAUCUUCCACUUAUAUGGAGAAGGCCCGGGGAUCCAUCUCUGCACAAACUCUUGGAUCAUGGUCCACAAGCUCCUCGUUGGCUUCCACAGGUAUGAAAUCCACCAGUAGACACCAGUUGCCGCGCGGGGAUUUGUACGUCAACACCUCCCCGCGGCGUGGCGAGCUGCCGCGCACGCCCAACUGGACUUCUGCCAGGAGAGUACCGGUGCUCUUCUCCAUUCAGGGCACUGAGGGCAAAUCUUCCUGGGCCCUGAGGACUCUUCGGAAGCGGGAUCGUGUGGUCUUUGACGACAAGAAAAUGAAUGCGUUCGAGGACUGGCGUAAAAACGGUUCUGGACCAAAGAUGCGACUCAGAGACCAGGUUCUGCAGACAGAAAAAGGGAUGCAAUACUUUCACGACAACUUGAAGAAACAGAGUUAUCGUUUCAAGAACUUUUGGCUCAAGGACAUGGUGACCCAGGAUGAUCUCUACGAGGAUCGGACCAUUUACUGCUCCGAGGGGCUGCGGGUCCUGAAGAAAAAUCCGCGUAAGCAGCUGCGACCCAGCUCUCCAAUCAAUCCCCAGGCCAAGAAGCUCUUCGACCACUACGGGAUCUCAUGCCCUAGCAUUUCGGAGCCAUCGACCCUACACUUGCAGGUGAAUUCGUACUCCGAGUUGCUGCAAAAGUCACAGGCACAGCACAUGACAUCAGACUUGUACUGCUCUAUGGGCAACAGCAAACGGCGGAGGUUCAGCAACAUGGGGCACUUCGAUGCCCUCCGGGUGUUUCAGGAUCCAGAGGUCUUGCCAUGUGUGCUGGAAGCCUUUAGCCACGCCACCAAGAAUAGCGUGACACCCAGUGUGGCUGGCGACUUUGUUCGUUUUUGCGUGGCCUACAGGAUUCACUGCUAUUUCCAGACGAGCUUGUUGGCGCCCGUCUUGGCAAAGCCUGCAGUGGUCUUCAUCCUGGGUGGCCCUGGUGCCGGCAAGGGCACGCAAUGCGAACGCAUUUCCCAGACCUUCGGCUACCACCAUCUCAGUGCUGGAGACCUUCUAAGGGAGGAGCGCAAAAGAGAAGGCUCUGAGUAUGGCCAGCUUAUCGAGAGCUACAUCAAGGAGGGCAAACUGGUUCCAGUCGAAAUCGUUGUGAAUCUCUUGAAGCAAGCCAUGGAGAAACGUGGCUGGGCGCAGGGGAAGUUUCUGGUAGAUGGCUUUCCGCGCAGCUUUGAGAAUAUGGAGGGCUGGAAGAAAGUCCUUGGAGGUAAGGUGGAUGUGAAGUUUGCCCUAUUUUUCAACUGCUCCGAGACUGUCAUGGAGGCCCGAAUACUGGAGCGUGGCAAGACGAGUGGCAGGGCGGAUGACAAUCCUGAAGCCAUUCGAAAGCGUUUGGCCACUUUCAAGGAGGUGCCACGGGGUCGCCCACAGCCGAAGGCGGUGUCGACAGGGGGGCAGCGUCCGGUGGGUCUGAGCGACGCCAAUGGGCGGCUGUUGCUGUUGCGCCAGCAAGGAGGACGUGGGAGUUACAUCUCCAGCAUGGUGGCCAUGGCGGCCAUGGCAGUCAUGGCGAUGUGUUGCGAGUAUUUGCGAGAUGAUGAGAAAUCAAAAGAGAAGUUUAGCAAGGGCUCGGGAAAAGAUAUCUCUGGCGGUCCAGUGAAGAACCGCCACUGCACUGACUUGAUUUGCCUUAUCAUCUUCAUACUGCAUUGGGGAGCCUUCGCUGCCAUCAUUUUCGCUGGCCUGAAGGACGGCGAGCCGGCGAAGCUGUACUUGCCGCGAGAUUUCAAGGGCGACUACUGUGACCUUGAGCCCCUGGUGGGAGCAAAACAGCUUCUCAGGACACUCAAUGUCACAGCUACUGUGGACGAGGUCGCGAAACAGCUGAUCUGUUCCACAGCAGGAGAAAACGCCUUGUCUGGAAUUCCAGUCACCACAGAACAGAUGGCAGAGUACCAGUGUGCUUGUUGCAAAGUACCUUGUGCUGCCUGCGAAAGCAACUUUGAACUGGAAGACUUGAAUGACCCAGCAACAGCUGCUUCAUCAAUAAAUUCCAGGAUGUCUGAGCUAACAGACCCUUCGAAAGCGAUGCAGUUCUAUUCCAGCGGCAGUGCAAACUCCGCUUCUUUCGGCCCUGAAAACGUCUUCAAUGAGAUGACAAAGUUCAUGGUGCCCGUGUGCUUGAGUCAGAGUUCUUGUGCAGCGCCGGAAGUGAACACUUCAACUGCAGGAUUGAGAAGCUACGUGUACUCACCAACUCCAAACCAGCCCUGGAAAUUUGCAUGGGACAUCCUGGCGACCAAUGCUGCGGUGCCACAGCAGAUCAAGGAUACCAUCGCCAACGAUUUCACCUUCAUGGCCAUGUCCGUGGAGACAUGCCCCUACCACGAGCGCUAUUGCAUCCCCUUCCCUGGAAUCGCCUUCAAGGAGGGCUCCUUGGGCAAUUGCAUUCCGAAAGUUGACUCUGGUAUUGCCGCGAUGAUCGGCGAGGGCUUUGCUGAUGCACUGACAGGUGCAGGAGAACAGGCCCUCAGAUUGCUCGAUGCCAAUUCCGGAGUCUUUGGAGAGUUGAUGUCCACCAUGGAUGCCUUCUGUGUGGUCUUCUUCUUUUCUUUUGUCAUCGGCCUGGUCUUUUUGGUGCUUUUACGCUUCCUGGUGGGUUGCGUUGUUUGGUUCUCGGUCUUUCUUGUGACCUUCGCCUUUGCCUUUGGAGGUCUUGUGGUUUAUAUCAGAUCAUUCCAGUGCAUGGGUGCUGGCCUACUCGAGACUGGUAUUACCACAAGUUCCAAUCUCCUCACAACCGCUGCGGUAACUGUCUCCAACGCUGUGUCGGGAACAGAGACCCUCAGUGAGGAGAUGACCGGCAAUGGUGCGGACUACCGAGGUGGACAACGCUACACCAGGAACUUGUACACGUGCCAGCGAUGGGACACCAAUACCCCGCAUGUUGUGGGCUACAACUUGACUGCUUAUCCUAUGCUGGAAAACAACUAUUGUCGAAAUCCGGAUGGACUCUCUUCGACGAUCUGGUGUUACACCACGGACAAGAACAAGAAAUGGGAGCUCUGCAAUCCAGUGGGCAUCUCUUUGCCGGAUUGCUCAAAAGGUUAUGCUGUGGAAGACCCAGGAAUCCGUGAGAUCCUAAAGAUCGUUGCCUACGUCGUUUGGGGGUUGGGGAUCAUUUGGAUCAUUGCCAUUUGCUUCCUGCAAAAGCGCAUCCGAUUAGCUGUGGCCAUCAACAAGGUGGCGGCUCAAUUCGUGUACAACAACCCCACCAUUCUUGCAGUCCCCGUGGUCCAGAUUCUUAUCGGCUUCAUCUGGUUGCUGGUUUGGAUCAUCUGCGCCUCCUUCCUCUUGUCGCAGGUUCCUGCAGAUUAUACGCCCAGCACCGCCUUUGCGACCUACACCGAAGCGGCUGGAAAUUCGACCACUCCGGGAGCUUGCACGGAUAAGUGGCCCUCUGGCAUCGUAUAUAAGUAUGAGGGCAACUUGAGCUCGGCCAACGAUACCUGCACUGGCGUCUAUGGCGAUGUCUCAAACAUUGAGCCGCUGUGCUGGCGUUGCUCACCACCUCGCUAUGUUUUUGACGUCAAGUUUGCAGGAGCCUUCUUUUCACUGCUGUGGAACAAUGCCUUCCUAGUGGCCCUUGGACAGCUCGUCGUGGCAGGCGCUUGUGCACAGUGGUUCUUCACUGUUGCGGAGCGUCGUGGGAAGGAGAACGUGAUCCGCCAGUCGCUGCGGAUGGCUUUCCGUUACCACUUGGGCUCGGUGGCCUUUGGUGCCUUCAUCUUGGCUUUGGUACAAUUCAUCAGGUAUCUCACGAAAUACUUCCGGAAGCAGGCCGCUGCACAAAAGAACAGGGUCAUGGUCAUAGUGCUGCGAGUUCUUGAGUGCUGUCUGUGGAUUCUUGAGAAGUUCAUCAAGUUCUUGAACAAGAACGCCUACAUUCAGGUAGCACUGAUGGGCACCAACUUCUGCACAUCUGCAAAGAAUGCCUUCCAGUUGAUCUUACGGAACAUGGUACGCUUUGGUGUGGUGGCAAUCCUGGGCACAGUGAUACACUUCAUUGGCUGGACGGUGAUCACUGUCUCAACAGCUACCGUGGGCUACUUCAUUUUCCAGGCCUUUCAUCCUGACGCUGAUCUACUGCUGCCAAUGUUUACAUAUGUUGCAACAGGCUACAUGGUAGCUCAGCUGUUUAUGAAUGUCUUUGGUCUUGGCGUGGACACAUCUCUUCAGUGCUUUAUUGCUGCAGAAGAGAUGGGAAUCUCCGAGGACUACGUGCCCUCCGAGCUGAAGAGCCUGGUGGAUUCCAAUCCGGGCAAGAAGAAAUGGGCCUUGUUCGGGGGCUCGAAGGAGUCCGUGCCCGUGGCGGAGUUCUUGGAAUCGCAGAACUUGCUGCGCUCGGUGCAAUGUGAGAAAGCGGUAGAGGAGGUUUGGAAGGACGUGCGGGCCCUCUUUGGACCAACCGUCGUCUUCGUCCUGGGCGGUCCCGGUGCUGGGAAAGGCACUCUCUGCGGGAAGAUUGUUGAGGCUUGUGGAUAUCGUCAUCUCAGUGCAGGUGACCUGCUACGGGAGGAAAGGAAACGGCCAGGGUCCAAAUUCGGGGAGCUGAUAGAAGCACACAUCAAGGAGGGUCAGCUGGUCCCAGCUUCAAUCGUAGUGGAGUUGCUCCUCCAGGCCAUGCGGGAGCAGGGCUGGGAGGGUGGCAAGUACCUCAUCGACGGCUUUCCGAGGAGCUUCGAUAACCUGGAAGCUUGGCGGGAGACUGUCCGUGACCAGGUCUUGGUCAGGUUCGUGCUGUACCUAGAUGUCAGCGAGCAGGUGAUGGAGGCCCGGCUAUUGGAGCGUGGCAAGACGAGUGGCAGAGCUGAUGACAACAUCGAGUCCAUUCGGAAGCGAUUUUUGACCUUCCACAAGGAGUCGAUGCCAGUCGUGGAGCACUUUCAGAAGAAGGGUCGGGUGAGAAGGAUCGACGCAGAGCAGCAUGCAGAUGCGGUCUGGAGAGACGUGCAGGUUCUGUUCGGCCCCUCCGUGGUCUUCGUGCUGGGUGGCCCUGGUGCCGGCAAAGGCACACAGUGCACCCGCAUUGCCGAGACCUUUGGUUACAUCCAUUUGAGUGCUGGCGACCUCCUCAGAGAGGAGAGAAAUCGUGAAGGCUCAGAGUAUGGGGAGCUGAUCAACAACUACAUCAAGGAGGGCAAGCUGGUCCCUGUGGAGAUUACCAUCAAACUCCUGAAGCAGGCCAUGAUGAAGUUUGGCUGGGAAGGUGGCAGGUACCUGGUUGAUGGCUUCCCGCGGAGUUUUGACAAUCUCCGGGGCUGGGAGGAAGUCAUUGGCAACACCGUCCGAGUGAAGUUUGUGCUUUUUUUCGAUCUCUCAGAAGAGACCAUGCAGGCUCGUCUUGUCGAGCGAGGGAAGACCAGUGGCCGUGCGGACGACAACUUGGAGUCCAUCAAAAAGCGCUUCGUCACCUUCCAGCAGGAGUCCAUGCCGGUGGUGGAACAGUUCCAUCUCAAGGGCCUGGUGCGGCGCAUCAACGCAGAGCAGAGUCCAGAGAAGGUGUGGAGAGAUGUUGAGAGGAACUUUGGCCCCAGCGUCAUCUUUGUUCUGGGUGGUCCUGGUGCUGGAAAGGGUACACAGUGCACGCGGAUCGCUGCGAACUUCGGCUUCCAGCAUUUGUCCGCGGGCGAUUUGCUACGAGAGGAACGCAAGAGACCGGGAUCAGAGCUGGGUGAAUUGAUAGAGAGCCACAUCAAGGAGGGAAAGUUGGUGCCUGUUUCAAUUGUGGUACAGCUUCUCCAAAAAGCCAUGGAAGAACGUGGCUGGGAGGAUGGCAAAUACCUCAUUGAUGGCUUUCCCAGGAGUUUCGACAAUCUGCAAGGAUGGAACGAUAUCGUUGGUCAGAAGGUGGAUUUGAAGUGUUGCAUCUUCUUCGACUGUUCAGAAGCUGUGAUGGAGGCUCGCCUGCUCGAGCGCGGAAAAACCAGCGGUCGAGCGGACGACAACUUGGACUCCAUCCGAAAACGCUUUGCCACGUACACACAAGAAUCUCUCCCGGUGGUGGAGAAGUUUAGCAGCGAAGGUCUUAUGAGGAGGAUCAGUGCCGAGCAAAGCCUCGAUGAAGUUUGGAGCUGCGUUCAGGAGGUCAUGCGCAACGAGCGCGAUGGGCUUUUGCUGAACCAGGCGGUCGUUUUGAUCAAGCCUUCAUCCUUCAACAAGGAGACCCAGCGCUUUGUCCAGUCUUUUUUUACGGUGCACAAGAUCUCUGUGGUGCAAAAAGGCACCGUCUCAGCUCAGGAGAUAGCAGAGAAGAAGAUGUUCGAUGCGCAGUACUUGCAGCUGGUCCGCUAUUCAAAAGGUCUGCCAGAGAAGCUCCAGGGCGAUGCAGCUGUGGCGGCUUCCUUUCAGGAGACCUUUAGCACCGCUCUCUCCAGCACUGCGGUCUUGGGGGCGGAGGAAGCACAAAAGCAACUGGCGAUCUCCGCUGAGGAGAUGUACAGCCUUUGGAAGGACUGCCAGUCACUGAAGCUCGCUCCAUCGUUGUAUGUGGGGAAGAUCAGCACCCAGGAUAAGUCUGUCUUCGUGGUGAAUGGCUUCGUGCCACAUUGGCGAGAAACCUUCAGUUCGACUGGUGAGGCGUGUUGGUUCGUGGUGGAAUUUGACCCUUCAGAGGUCUCCUGGAAACGAUUUGAAGAGAUCCUGGGUGCCACCGACCCGUCCAAGGCCAGCAAGGAUUCAAUCCGUGGGUUGUUGUACCAGCACUACAAGGAUUGCGGGCUGAGUCAACAGCCAACUACCAUGGAUAACGGCGUGCACUUUUCUGCUGGUGCAUUGGAGGGAAUGCGAGAACGCAUGCUGUGGACAAACAUUCGUCCAGAGGAAGAUCCCUUGGGACGUUUGCUCCUUUCGAGUGGCGUCUCUCGGAAGUUCCUGGACGAGUGGAUGGACAAUCCAGAUGUAGAUGGUUGGUACAUAGGCACCAAACGUAUGUCUGGGCCAUUGUUUGCCUGCACAGAGGCUUGCGACACCGUCACCUUCCGGGAUUCAGCGAUUCGCUUCCUUCGAGACAAGGAGUAUGGCCGGCAUUUCAUGAGCCUGGCACGUUGUCAAGGACAAGGCUCGGACCCCUUGGUCUGUACGCGCUUCGUGCGGCACGCCUUCUUCGGUGCGCCACCAGAGGCAUUGCCACGGGAGGAAGUGCACGAGUGGUUGCAAAGCCAUUUGGGCGCGGCCUCGGAUGAUGCUUUGACCGCUCUGGAAGCAACCUUGGGGAAUUUCGGAACAAGCCGCAGAGGUGGCACCUCCAAUUGCUUUGUCUAUGGCCAAGGUUCAGUGGAGGCAUGGUACAAACCUCUACUCUUCCGUUCCUUCAUGGAGGCGCAACGCUUCUUGGCGCGGCGCCGCUUGAAGCAGCAAGGCUUUACGGAGACCAGGGAUCCAAAGAUUCGAGACCUGAGUUACUGGGAGCGCUGUGAUGCUGAUGAGCCUCCAUUGCUGGUCCUUCACGGCUAUGGAAGAGGACUGGCUUCUCCCCUGUUUGAUGCUUUGCUGCCUGCAUUGGGCCGCAGGCGGGUCAUCAUUGUGGAUUGCGGGUGGUUGCUGGUGACGCGGGUGCCUCUACGUGGCGAUUUCGACCAAUCUGUGCCGACGGUGAGACAAAUUGCAGAGGCGGUCGCCGCGAAGUUGGAGAGGCAGCCUGUAGACAUCUUGGCGCACAGCUUUGGUACAGCCGUCGCAUCGGCGCUGCUCCAGAAGCUGGAGGCCGAGGCUGGAGCACAGAGGGCGGUGCUGAUGGAUCCAAUGUGUUUCAUCCCAGGCAUCUCCAAGCAAGCGCAGUUGUUACGUCGCACGCCCAUGGACCUCACCACGGAGCUCUUGUCCGAAUCAGUUCCAGGUAGCUCCUCAGGCUUUUCAAUGUGGGAAGUGCUGCGGAAUGUGGUGGACCGGCCCGAUCCUUGCGUGAGUGCAUCUUUGGACGAGGAGACGGCGGCUGCGGAGCGCCGAAAGUGGAUCAUUUACCAGACCUACUUCUUCAACUACUUCAUUUUUCGUGACCUUGUGUACAGCUGGGUCAACAAUCGGGCGCUCUUCGGCCCAGAAUAUUUGGACCGUGGCCUGCUGCUGGAGAUGAAUCGGCAACAGAGGUUACUGACGGUCGUUGCCUGGACCUCAUCACGUUUUCCGGUUGUGUCCGAAGUUUCCGACUCCGCGCGCGACCGGCCCAAGAGAUCCCUUCGGCGCAACUUCGUGCGGAGCUUGCAGAAGUUGACAAAUUGGACCACUGAGACCGCUGGUGGCGAGAAGCCCAAACGGAUGACCAUUCUGCACUUCAAUGAUGUCUACAAUGUGGAGCCACGAGCGAAGGAGCCGGUCGGUGGUAUUGCACGUUUUGUGACGCGGAUCAAGGAGCUCAAGGCAGAAUCAGUAGCGCGAGGAGAGUACGAGGCAGUAGUACUCUUCAGCGGAGAUGCCUUCAAUCCAUCGCUCAUGUCCACCACGACACAUGGCAAAAAGUCCAUGCCUUGCUUCGACGCAGCCUGCACUGGCAUGCCCGAAGGAUCGAACAUGCAAUCCCAGCAGCUUUCACAGACACCUGUUCUGUCAUAUUCAGUUCGACCAGCCUGA